AUGAAUGCGCAACAACCGUGGGAGCGUAUCGUGGCCCAAAAACGGUCGACGAGAGAUCAACUCCUCGCCCCGUACUUGGUCGACGAUAUAGAUCAACGGGUCCCUCGGGUACACCAGGUUGCGGAACGCACUCGGUUGGAACAGGAUCCUAUCAUCCAGAAGAUCACAGAUAUUGACAACAUUGCCGCUUUACUUGAGCAUCUCGAGAAGGGGGAGUUCAACGCGGAGCAGGUCACCAAGGCAUAUAUCCAACGGGCCGUGGUGGCACAUCAACUCACCAACUGUCUUACCGAAGUGGUUUUUGAAGACGCCUUGGAGCAAGCAAGACAUCUCGAUGCUGCAUUCAAGGACACCGGCCAGUUCAAAGGCCCAUUGCAUGGGGUUCCCAUCACACUGAAAGAUCAGUUCAAUGUCAAGGGCGUGGAUACCACAUUAGGGUAUGUGGGCAGGUCUUUUGCUCCGGCAAGCGAGGACGCGGUCCUAGUUCAGAUUAUCAAGGACAUGGGCGCCGUAGUCAUCGCCAAAUCGAAUCUUCCCCAGAGCAUCAUGUGGGCGGAAACCGAGAAUCCCCUCUGGGGGCUUACUACCAAUCCCCGGAACCCAGAAUUCUCUCCCGGGGGCUCGAGUGGCGGCGAAGGCGCUUUGCUGGCAUUGCAUGGCUCGCUAUUCGGGCUGGGAACUGAUAUUGGAGGGAGCAUCCGAAUCCCGCAGAGCACAAUGGGUCUAUAUGGCUUCAAACCCAGCAGUCGCCGGUUUCCUUAUCAUGGUGUUGCGGUGUCCACCGAAGGUCAGGAGCACGUCCCAUCUUCCAUUGGACCCAUGGCCCGGGACCUUUCUUCGAUCUGCUAUUUCAGCCGACUUGUGGCAAAUAGCCGGCCCUGGAACCUGGACCCUCGAUGCGCACCCCCCCCCUGGAACGACCAGGCUUUUCAGGAGAUCCAGGAACGGCCAAUGGUCAUCGGGUUAAUUGUGGAUGACGGCGUUGUGAAGGUCCAUCCACCCAUCGCUCGAGCCUUAGAGGAACUAUCAACAACUUUGAAAGCACACGGUCACGAAACUCUGAUUUGGGAUGUCUCUGGUCACGCUGCCUGCAUCAAACUGAUGGACCUCUUCUACACCGUCGACGGGGGCGAGGACAUUCGCCGGGACGUGAGCGUCGCGGGCGAGCCAUUCAUUCCUCACGUUGAAGCUCUGGUCAAACGUGGCAAGGCUAUCUCAGUAUUUGAAUACUGGCAGUUGAACAAGCGCAAAUUCGCGGUACAGAAGAAAUAUCUUGAUCAAUGGAAUGCGACCCGGUCCCCGUCUGGCAGGCCCGUUGAUGUUCUUUUGAGUCCGACUCUGCCGCAUACAACUGUUCCUCAUCGGAACAUUCGCUGGGUCGGGUAUACCAAGAUCUGGAAUUUCCUCGACUAUCCGGCCGUCACAUUCCCCGUGGACCGAGUGAGGGCUGAUCGUGAUAGCAUGCCCACAGUGCCCUAUACUCCGAGAAACGCCCUGGAUGAAUGGAAUUGGAAUCUCUAUGAUGCGAAGGAGUUGGAGGGCUAUCCGGUGAAUCUGCAGAUUAUCGGCAAGAAACUUGAAGAAGAGAAGGUUCUGGGCGCAGCAACUAUUGUCGAGAAGAUCUGGAGAGACCACGUCAAGCGCCGUGAUGGAUGA